AUGCAUUCCGGACAUACUAAAUACGAACAAGAUUACGAUAGUAUUCGACGGUAUCAAGUUCAAUCUUGCCGAUGCGUACUAACGAUCGAUCCGGUACAACACUUACCAGCUACAAUUGGAGCGCAUAUUCUCCGCCAACUUUCACUUAAACAACGAACAAGCUCUAUCUGUCCUCUCUCACCAUUGAUUGCCUCACGUUCCUUUCCAGAAGCGCUUUGCGUGAAUGAAGCGGAGAUUAUUUACCACUGUCUAUCAAUCUGCGCAUCGUCUCCCAUUCCUUGGCUGCACGAAAAUGAUUCCAUUCAUCCAAGUCUUUCUGUAGCCAAGUUGGAAUUAGUGAGUCGAAGGUGGCGUGAAGUAUCGCUGAUGGCAUCACGCAGCGAUGAUCGACCUGUCUGGGUUUACAUCAUAUUUCGAAGGAAUCACUGCAGUGGACACGAGAAAAUGACCGUUAAUUUGAGUUUCGAUGGACCUAUCUUUUGGAAACGACAAGUGGCUUACAUUUAUUGCUGUAGCUGCCAUUUCCAUGAACACGAGAGGCCUUUAUUAGCAUUACUGAGGAAAUUGGAGCAUCGAGUGAUACGUGUGUGUAUUGUGGAUACGCCCAUUGAUUAUGCUUUUCUGCCAGAUAGCUUCUUUUCCUAUAUGGCAAGAAAUAUGCCUCAUCUUCAAUUUAUAUACUUGCGUGAAAUUGAUCUCGAAAAGAUUAAUCGCGGUACGGUGGUUGAAUUGGCUCAACAUCCUCAGCUUAAAAAGCUUGUCGUGCAUAAAUGCCGAAAUUAUGAAGUUUUUGAAGAUUUUCAUAAUCUACCUCAGUUAUUGGUUGUCAAAGGCGACAUUGUUGGCUUAAAAGCAAUGAUUGGCGAUUGUCCGGAACCUGAUGAAUUCGCAAUGGAACCACAAAAGCAAGCCUGA